AUGGUGGUGCCGGCGCUGGCUGUACGGCAAUCAAAUGCCUUCGAGCCACCGCCAUCCUCUAUGCUUGCCACUCAUGUUGUCCACGGUAAUGGAGUUCCAGAUUUUGACCGGGACAGUUUCAAUCAGUUGCUAGCAGAGGCGCUUGGAUCAGACGAACAUGGCCAACCCAAUCUAGGGGCAGAUGUCGCUGUCAACCACAAGUUGAUACGGAUCAUAUUUCAAGUUGGUAUCGAGCAGAGUCUCGACGAGGAUCCAUUUCACUCUGCAGUUGCUGCUGGUAAGGCUACCUCUCAGCUCAAGACCUGUCUCGAAGUCCUUCAACUCGCCAUCGAGAGAUCCCCACAGGUGCUCUUCGUCAAGUCACAAGACAGCGGAACGCCAGGGCAAGGAGCCUUGUUGUAUAGUUGGCUUGUUCCCAGACUUUUCCCUUUACUCAACCAUGAGGGACUUCGAGACCCAGUUCAACAGCUUCUUACCGUCAUGCUGGAGGGUGACUGCCGAUGCUCCAAUACUGAUGCAUGCGGUCAGGUCUGGCAUUACCUGAGGAGCGUCGCCGGUGGACUUCUUGCAAUUGCCACUACGAAGAAGAUUCAACCUCGGAAGCCUAUUGUUAUGACCUCAGACGACGCUGAUGCCACUACUGCAACGAUACCAUCAUUUCUUAAAACAGUUUCGAAGAUCAAAUUUCCCUCUUGCUACGAUCUUGUGACAUGUGUAGCCCGAAUCCUGCGAGCCCUGUCGACACAGCAGAACUCACCCCAAAGCCGAUUGCAAUUCCGCAAACUCUUCGGUCGACUUCGUGACUUCAUUGACGAUGUUCAAGGACUUUUAUUGGAGGAGGGCCAGAUGGACCUCCUGUCUCACGAGAUACGAGCGCUGAGCGUCCGUCCCCUACUGCCACCGACCCCACAGUUAUUGGAAGUUUGGCCUGACACUGACCGCGCCCGGAAGCGCCCUCGACUUUCAACAGAGAAUGGGGAUCAAUUUACAGACACAGCUCAUCGGACUGUUGCUCGCAAUAUCACGUCACACUUGACUGGACGUGCACAAUCCGACUUGGACGGCUUAAGCAAGACGGCCCCAGGCCAUUUUCAGGGACUGUCUGAAGUUGAGCAAUGUUCCCUCCUGGAGCUCUUGGGUGGAGGUGCCUGUAGGCUGGCUGGUAUGGAUGCACAAUGCCCUUUCUGUGACGAAGACAAUUGCCCCGCCAAUUCGAAUGUCGAGGUCGCCACGUACCCGGGCGAAGAGUUGCUCAAAACUCUUGUGGGUUUGGUGCAGAUAAUUAAACGUCAGUCAAAAGCUCGAGUAGUGGCAAUGUGUGCACUUCGUCGAAUUUUGAUGCACACAGACAUCAGCGCAGACUUAAAGCUACGCGAAACCCCUGCUGGUGACUGGUGUUUACAUUCUCUCAAGAGUUCUUCGCGGGAUCUACGGAUCGUUGCAACUAGAACCCUUCAAGCCUAUCUCAUGAGAAGGAAAACACUGGACAUUGCCAUUACGCGGGAGAACCGGAUUACGGCUCUCGAUUUCCUGCAAGCACUCUGGCAAAAGGGUGAAAUUGCUCUUCAAGAGACAUGUGUCCUCGCACUUGGUCGUCUUGCUCAAGUCGUCGGUGACGAAGAGUUGAACAUCAUCCUUGUCCGACUCGUUGACUACCUGGGUCAUAACAAUCCUUAUAUCUCAGGUAUUGUGUAUGCUGAAAUUCAGCACCUGGCACAGUCUAUGCAGAUGUCUGCGUGGCUACUCUUCAGGCCGUUCUGGCGCACAUUGGGGGUAGUCUUCGCAAAGUCGUUGUCAUCGAGACCAAACGUGGCCCGUCAUCUGUGCGAUCUUCUGGGGAUGGAUAUGACUGGACUGAUGAGCCACACCGCUGAAUUCGCGUUGCCAUACCUAACCUUACACGGAGACAUUGGGUCGAUAAGACGAUUCGCGGGGGUCAGUGGAGCAUCAACCACCAUCUUCGAGCUGUGUACUCAGAGGCAAAACCUGGUUGCCAUCCUCUCGUUUCUGCUUAUUCAACCUUUUCCGGAUGCCGAACAGUCCAUCGUCACGACUCUGUCCCGAGUUUCUGAGGAGUUUGAAAAGAGUGACCUAGCUUACUGGGUGGCUCACGACCCAAUACACAUUACCUGCGAACUACUUAAAGCGAUCGGAGACAGCGGUCAGGGCAAGUCAUCCCGAAUCUACCAGGCUCUUCAGCUCCUGGCACAACUAGUGGCGCGCCAGCGCGGGCCGUCUUCUGGAUCCCGACGAGGCGACAAUAUUGGGGCGUUCUUGGAGAAUAAUGUUCUUGCCAUCGUCACUCAUUUCACCGUUCUGUUGAAUGACCUCGAAGCCAAGGAGUCCAAAGUCGAGAAACGAAGGUGUCUUGCUGCAUUGGGAGAGGUUGUUAAGCUAGGAAAGGGCCGGGUGGUACGUGGACUCCCUCAAAUCUGUGCUUGCCUGCGUUCUGGACUCGACGAUGGAGAUUUAUGCGAUGCUGCAUUCUCUUCCUGGACAGUCAUGAUAAAGUCACUGAAACGAGAGGUUCUUGAAUCACUUGUUGACCAGACCCUGGCCAUCAUUGUUCAGAAGUGGAACAGUCUGGACAACUGCUCGCAGCAACAAGCAUAUGACCUGGUCGGCCAUCUACUCAAAAAUCACACGGACUUGGUUCGUGAACGGUUUGCUACCAUGCCAUCGCUGGCAUCGAUACCUCUCAUGGCGAAGUUCGAAAGUGAGAUCAUGGCUUUGAAACGACAGAUGGAUGAAAGACAUCAGUUGAAGGCCUACGUCGAUAGAUUACGGGACGAAAAUGUCGCAGUUAUUGAACAAGCUCUGGAUGAAUUAGCUCCACUGUUGGCCGAAAAACAAGAUCUACUACAACGUUCCAUACUACGAGAACAGCCAGACGAUUUGAUUGCGGAGUUAGCUCGAGCUCUCCUCGACUGUUGUGUCAAAUACAGCACGAGCACCGAAGUCACGAGACAAUGUGGUCGGUGUCUCGGUCGUAUAGGCUGUCUUGACCCAAGCAAGAUUGAGAAUGUGGUUGACCGCACACCUCUCAUCGUUUUGGCCAAUUUUGGAAAGGCUGAUGAGGUCAUCGGUUGGAUAUUCUUCUUCCUACAGCACGUUCUGGUCAAAGCAUUCUUAUCUGCAACUACCACGAGAGCACAGGGCUUCUUGGGCUGGGCGAUGCAAGAAUAUCUCAAGUCUUGUGAGCAUGACGAUCCUUCCAAUUCUGGGCCCAGUACUCUCGCCUCGCGCCUUUGGGGCGAGCUCCCAGACUCAGUACAGAAUACGUUAACACCAUUUCUCAAUUCCAAGUACCUUGUACAAGAAGUACGGCCACCUGAGAAGAGCCAGUAUCCUCUAUAUGCACCGGGUAUGAAGCACCGAGACUGGUUGCGCACGAUCACCCUAGACUUUCUCCACCGGGGUUCUGGAGAGAACAUUGAUAUUGUUUUCGGAAUUGCAUGUCGCAUCAUCCACGGUCAGGACACGUCUAUUCCAGCAUUUCUACUACCAUAUGCGGUUGUAAACCUGAUUGUCAGCGGCAUUGAACAAAACAGUCGUGACAUCGUCUCUGAGAUUACCUCGAUUCUCAGUAUACCCCUUGAGACCCAAGACCGGCGUGUGCAAGAUGACAUCAAACUUUGUAGUCAAACUGUGUUUGAGGUCCUUGAUUACAUGUCUACCUGGCACCAGCAGAAACGAAAGCAGUACUCUGUCGGAUUAGCCAAGGCUGAACGUGGCCACAAUGACUUACUACUCGGAGCGGCGGCGGAACAAAUUCGAAGUAUCGAACGAGUUUUGGAACAGAUCCCUCCCGAUGUCUUGGCCAAAAGAGCUCUUGAGUGUAGAUCCUACGCUAGAGCACUCUUCCAUUGGGAACAGCACAUUCGCAAACUAGAAACUGACAACAUGCAAUUUGAGCUUCAGAGGUUGCAAGAGAUCUAUGCUCAGAUAGACGAACCGGAUGGAAUAGAAGGCAUUUCGUCCCGCAUGCACGUGCUUGACAUCGAGCAGCAAGUGCUGGAACACAAGAAAGCAGGGCGAUGGUCGGCGGCCCAAAGCUGGUAUGAGAUGCAGCUGGUCACCCAUCCCGACGACACAGAAGUGCAGAAGAACCUUAUGGACUGCCUUAAGGAAUCUGGACAAUACGAUAUCCUUCUCCACCAUUUCGACGAAAUCAGGAACCGUAGCAAGAUAACCUCUGAAACGCUCACUCCAUAUGCCAUGGAGGCAGCUUGGUCCACCGGGCAGUGGACGCGACUGCGUAGCUACAUCUCCAAUCUCACUGGACAUGACUUUGCCUCACAUCUAGGCGAGAUCAUGGUAUCAAUUCAUGGAAGCGAUAAGUUGAAAGCACUCGGCCUUAUUGACGAAUUGUACGGAGCAACAGCAGCUGAGCUCACCCCUAACUCUAUAGCCUCAUUCCAAGCCGGACAUGACACACUGCUGAGGCUGCAUGUGCUGAACGAAGUCCACGUAAUCGCAGCAAGUCCGCCGGAAGACCGCAUGACAGUCUUGGAAAACCUGAGGGGUCGCCUGGACAUCUUGGGAUCAAACGUUGUCGACAAGCAGUACCUACUUGGUAUUCGGCGUGCAGUGAUGUCUUUGCGGCCUGAUAUAUUCACUGCGGGAGAUGUUGCUGCUGCCUGGCUCAACACUGCCCAGCUAGCACGUAAGGCGAGGUUGAAUGGACAAGCCUUCAACGCAGUGCUCAAAGCGUCUGCGUUGGGAGACAAAGCGGCUUCAAUACAACAAGCCAAACUCAUGUGGACCGAGGGCCAUCAUAGGAAAGCGAUUCAAAUGCUUGAGGGUGCGAUUGAAUCAGGCACAUUUUCCGGCGAUGACUAUGUUAUUGAGAAUGGUUCAGUCACCCAGCGUCCUCAGAACGAGAUCAAAGCCAAAGCAUAUGUGUUACUGGGCAAGUGGCUUGAUCAGGCUGGACAAACGCAGUCAGAUGUCAUCAGACAGACGUUCCGCGAUGCUAUAAGUCAGUUCAGGAAGUCCCAAAGAGCUUACUAUCACCUCGGCCGCUUUUACAACAAAAUUCUGGAUUCAGAGAAGACAAUGCCUCCAGGAAAAGAAAGUCAAGCAUUCCUUACUGGUGAAACUGCCAAGCUCGUCAUCGAGAACUAUCUCCGGUCAUUGGGGAACGGCAGCAAGUAUGUCUUUCAAACCUUGCCCAAAGUACUUACCUUGUGGCUUGAACUGGUAGACGGUGCAGAGGUACCACAUGAUCCACGGCGUGGAAAUGCUCAGUUCCAUACCCACAAUGCCGCUCAACGAAAGCGUGUGAUCGACGAAACUAACACCCAAAUCAAGAAAUACAUUGUUGUCAUACAAGCAGUACUUUUCUACACCGUCUUACCACAGGUUGUUGCAAGAAUCUGCCACGGAAACAAAGCCGUCUCUGAACUGCUCGGCACAAUCAUCGUCAAGGUUGUAAGAGCUUUCCCGCAGCAAGCAUACUGGUCGCUUCUGGCAGUGGUCGAAUCGCAGCAGAAGGACCGUGCAGUCAAGGGGCUUGAGUUGGUCAGGAAGAUUUGUUCAGACAAGAAAGACGACAGGGACAGAGACAAGCGAGCGCUUUCUCCCAGCGAGCUUAGAAGCAUGUUCAACAGCGGGCAGAAGUUUGUAAAGGAACUGCUUCGCAUCGCGGAAUUUCCCAUAGAGGGGAAAGUGUCAAAAGUCAGUCUCGGACGAGAUCUGGGCUUUAACAGCAAAAUUGCCCCGUCAAAGCUCGUGGUGCCCAUCCAAUCAUGCCUUAUACCCAGCAUGCCAACAAAUUUCGAAUCCGCCGCUCUCAAGGCAUUCCGACCUUUCUCGAAAGAGCCCAUAACGAUCUCGUCAUUCGUCGACGAAGCCCUCGUUCUUUCGUCCCUCCAAAAACCACGAAAGCUCACCAUCAGAGGCUCGGACGGCAAUUUGUACAAUGUCCUCGCGAAACCAAAGGAUGAUCUCCGCAAGGACCAGCGGCUAAUGGAAUUCAACACAAUGAUAAAUCGAUUCUUGAAGCGUGAUGUUGACGCGGCCAAACGACGGCUGUACAUUCGAACAUAUGCCGUCAUCCCGUUGAACGAAGAGUGCGGUCUCAUUGAGUGGGUCGACAACCUGAAGACGUUCCGCGACAUCGUCCUCAAGCUAUACAAAGAUAAAUCAAUCCAGCCUAACUACGUCGAGAUCCGCAAUCUCCUGGACGAGUCGUGCUCCGGCGACCCGGAGAAGGUCAAGAUCUUCCCUACACAGGUCCUUACGAAAUUUCCGCCCGUCUUCCACGAGUGGUUUGUAGAAAGUUUCCCCGACCCGAGCACCUGGUUCGAUGCGAGGUUGCGAUACACACGGAGCGCGGCAGUCAUGUCCAUCGUUGGACACGUACUCGGGCUGGGUGACCGGCAUGGCGAGAACAUUCUAUUCGAAGAAGACAACGGCGGCGUCAUGCACGUCGAUUUCAACUGUCUGUUCGACAAGGGCCUCACGUUCGAGAAGCCCGAGAUGGUCCCAUUCCGGUUGACGCACAACAUGGUGGAUGCCAUGGGCACGUACGGUUACGAGGGGCCUUUUAGACGUUGUUGCGAGAUCACGCUGGGCCUGCUGCGCGGGAAUGAAGACGCCUUGAUGACGAUUCUGGAGACGUUUUUGCACGAUCCGACUACCGACUUCAUCGACAAGGUCGGACGCAAGAAGAAGAGCGUCAAUGGCGUUCCGAGCACGCCUGUCGAGGUGCUGGAAGGGGUCAGAGGCAAGGUCAGAGGCAUGUUGCCUGGAGAGAGCGUGCCGCUUAGUGUGGGCGGCUACGUCCAGGAGAUGGUGACGCGGGCAACGGACAUCAGGAACCUGUGUAAGAUGUAUAUCGGGUGGUGUGCUUUCUUUUGA